GCAGGAGCAGAGGCAGGAGGAGGCAAUGGGAGGCCGCCAGGGGGCAAGCUGGGGCAAGUUGGUGCUCUGCUGCCAGGUGGACUGGGGAGACCAUGGAGAUAUGAGGACCCCUUUUUGACCACCCAGUAUAGCCAUGGCUCCAAAGCUCAAGGCCCGGGUGCAGAGCGAGGGCCUUCAGAAGGGGCGGCAGGGGGCAGAAGAGGAAGACAGCUUUCGCUGCACUGCUGAGGCCCUCAGGGCUGCGCCUGAAGAGAAGCUCAGAAUCUGUGUAGACCCCGCGUGCCCGCUCAUCCACAGACCUGAAACCCAGGUGCAUGAAGACUAUGGCUACACCCUGAACCAGACCAACAUCGGGAAAAACAACAACAAAUUCUACACCAUCCAGCUGCUGGAAGACAGCGACAGCUUCAUCUGCUGGAACCGCUGGGGCCACGUGGGAGAAGUGGGUCAGUCAAAGCUCAGCCCCUUCCCGUCUCUGAAGGCAGCAAAGAAGGGCUUUGAGAAGAAGUUUCAGGACAAGACCAAGAACAAGUGGGCCGAGUGAGACCACUUCGUGGACCCCGGCAAGUACACACUUAUCAAGGUGCAGGGAGAGGACGAGACCCAGGAGGCUGCGGUGAAGGCGGAUGGAGGCCCGGUGGCGACCGUGGUCCAGCGGGUGAGGCCCUGCUCCCUGGACCCAGCCACACAGAAGCUCAUCACCAACAUCUUCGGCAAGGACAUGUUCAAGAACACCAUGGCACUCAUGAACCUGGAUGUGAAGAAGAUGCCCCUGGGAAAGCUGAGCAAGCAACAGAUCAUGUGGGGCCUCGAGGCCUUGGAGACGCUGGAGGUGGCCCUGAAAGCCCCCACAGAUGGCGGCCCCAGCCUGGAGGAGCUGUCCUCCCACUUGUACGCUGUCAUCCCCCACAACUUCGGCCGCACCCGGCCACUGCCCGUCCACUCUACCGAGAUGCUGCAGACCAAGAAGGACAUGCUGCUGGUACCGGCGGACAUCGAGCUGGCCCAGACCCUGCAGGUAACCUCUGAGGAGGAGAAGAAGGCGGAGGAGGUGCCACACCCGCUGGACCAAGACUACGAGCUUCUCAAGGACCGGCUUCAGCUGCUGGACUCGGGAUCUGAGGACAAGGUGGUCCAGACUUCCUUGGAACAGACUGGCUACAGCUACAGGUCUCUUGUUCUUCUGCAUGUUUGGAAAGUGAACCAAAAAGGAGAAGGAGACAGGUUCCAGGCCCGUUCGCAGCAGGGCAGUGUGCAGCUGCUGUGGCACGGCGCCAGCGCGGCUGUGGUGGCUGCCAGCCUCACCAGCGGGCUCCACAUCAUGCCACGCUCUGGUGGUUGCAUUGGCAAGGGCGUCUCCUCCGCCUCGGAGAACAGCAAGUCAGCCCACUGUGUUACUGGCAUGUCCUGCGGGGCCCACUGCAUCAGCUACAUGUUCCUGGGGGAGGUGGCACUGGGUGGAGAGCACCACAUCACCAUCAGCAAGCCCAUCUUGAACCAGCCACCCCCUGGUUUUGAUAGUGUCAUCGCCCGAGGCCACACAGAGCCUGAUCCAACCCAAGAUACAGAGCUGGAGCUGGAUGGACGUGGAGUGAAGGUGCCUCAGGGCCAGCCCGUGCCCUGCUCCGAGUUCAACAGCUCAGACUUCUUCAAGAGCGAGUACCUCAUCUACAAUGAGAGCCAGUGCCACCUGCGCUACCUGCUGGAGAUUCAUCUCAGCUACCUGUCCUGUCCCAUGUGA